AUGCAACCUUCUUCGUCUGCAGUAAACUUUACUGCUCUCCUCAACCCUUCUCCUCCUUCUUCUUCCCCAGACACCCCGACUACGGCCACCUCGCAGCCGCCUCAACAGAGUGUUAGCACCGGCACGCAAUCAACCAGCACCUCGAUAACGACACAGACCGACGGUAAUAUGGCUGCCGCUGUCUGUCUAUUACCUACGGCUAUGGCCACUCAGACAAACAACAACGACGACCGACAGGACCUUCCGCGCCCGUACAAAUGUCCUCUCUGCGACCGAGCCUUUCACCGCCUGGAACAUCAGACAAGACACAUUCGCACACACACGGGAGAGAAGCCUCAUGCCUGCCAGUUCCCCGGGUGCAGUAAGCGCUUCAGUCGAUCGGACGAGUUGACCCGACACUCGCGCAUUCACAACAACCCCAACUCGCGCCGCAACCAAAAAACCCAUCAAGUCGCUGCCGCUGCUGCGUUGGCUGGUCUACAGGAUGGGACUAAUCAGAACGUCAAUUCCCAGGCGCAAAUGAUGCCGCCACCCAACAAGAACAUGCAGAGGUCAGCACCGAAUUCUGCCGCCGCCUCGCCCAAUGUCUCGCCGCCUCACUCCUUCGCUGUUCAUGCUGGCCAUGGACACCUGGGGCAUUUUGGACGACAUGACGAUAGAGGUAACAGCAUGGAUAUCAAUCUGCUCGCUUCAGCUGCUUCUCAGAUUGAGAGAGACGACCACAUAGCGCGUGUGCCUUAUCAACACCAGCAUCAUCUUUUCAGUCAUCGAACCGCCAACAGUAACGGCCGUCUGCCCUCAUUAUCGGCCUACGCCAUCUCUUCGCACCCUAUGUCAAGAUCUCAUUCGCAAGAGAACCACGAAGACGACCACCGCCACAAGCGAUCAAGACCGAGCUCGCCUCAUUCUACUGCUCCUUCAUCGCCUACAUUCUCCCACGAGUCAAUCUCGCCCACUCCAGACCAUACACCGUUAGCCACUCCGGGGCAUUCACCUCGUCUUCGACCUCACCAUGGCAGUGAUCUACAACUACCUGGCUUGCGCCAUCUUUCAUUAGGGCAUACACCACUUUUGGCGCCGAUGGAGCCUCAGGCUGAUGGAUCGUACUCUCACAUUCCACCACCUCAACACACCGGCCCCUCUAUCGCAGACAUCGUCACAGGAACGCAACGUAAACUGCCAGUCCCACAACUUCCGAAACUGGGUGUCAGUGAUAUGCUACAUCCUCCAAGUGGGCUUAGUUCUGGCGAAUCAAGUACGGCUGCGUCUAUCAAUGGCGACUUUUCCAGAUGA